AUGGCAGUCACGGAGGGAGAUAACGGGCCCAUAAUCACGCUCACCAAUCAGGCAUGCCCAGCAUGGCUCCUCGGCGUGGUAUGCAAGGGACCUCAGUUCCGCUCCAUCGACCAGCAAGGAAAUCUUACUGCUGGUGGAGCAUACGAGAGGCUCGGAAAGAACGCCCGGGCCUCACUCCACAAGUCUAUCGGCCCUGAUGGGAACUUUACCAACAUCAAAUUCCCCAUGUUCCAUCGUAAGACAGGCGGCGGUGAAAUGCAGCAAAGCGACCUGCACGGAGAGGAGAUCAGCGAGGACACCUUGACAUACGACGAGGCAUAUGAAGACGAGCUGUCAGGCCGGUUCUACUUGGAGUAG